AUGUCUUCCGGUGGCCGUGGAGAUCGUGGAGGUGGUGGCCGGGGGGAUCGUGGAGGCCCCCGUGGUCGAGGAGGUGGUGGCGGCUACCGUGGUGAUGGUGGUCGGGGUGGAGGCCGUGGUGACGGUGGCCGGGGCGGCUAUCGAGGUGACGGUGGCCGGGGCGGAGGCCGUGGUGGAGGCGGCGGAGGUGGAUAUCGAGCUCCCCCCGCCGCUCCAGCAGAAGUCCUGACAAAGGUCCCAGCCGCUCUGGACAAUGCUACGCACAAGUUUGAAGAUCAGGCUAUCAAAGACAGCGGGGGAAAAUCCUCUGGAACUUUUGUCCGCCGCCCGGCAUAUUCAACUCUGGGAAAGCAGAUCAUACUGCGGGCAAACUUCUUUGAGCUUGUCAUGGAUCCCAAACAGAACUUCUUCAUUUACACAGUUACUAUCUCACCGGAACCUCAGCCCAAGCGACUGAAGAAAGAAUGUAAAGCUGCUGCUGACAUGUCUGGGGAAGUCAUUACAUACGGUAAAAUGGAGGAUACUUCUCCUGUGACGGUCAAGCUCCUUGGCCGUGGCAAAAAGGAUGAAGAUAAGAACAAGUACACCGCCAAGUUCAGCAAUGGUACAGAGGUGAACAGCAAGAAAUUGCUUGCGGAGCUCAAAGACUCUACGCUGGGCUACCCACUGCUCAAGGAGGCUGAUACAAUUCGGGCGAUUAACAUUAUGCUAACUCGUCUUCCACACCAAGACAAAGGGAUUGUCAUCACGGGUAAGGGACGCCAAAAGUUCUUCCGGAUUGAUGGCAAGAAGCAGUCUUGUUCCCUAGGAGGUGGCCUCGAGGUUCUUCGAGGAGUCUUCGUGAGCGCACGGCUUGGGGCUGACAAGAUGCUCUUGAACAUGAAUGUGAACCACGGAAUCUUCUUCCAGCCCACAACUAUGGCCGAAUUGACAGACGCAUUUUUGGAGUGCUUUGGUGAAGACCGUCCGCUGUACAAUCGUUACAUCCGAGGCUUGCGUGUUGAGGUCUCGCACCUUCCUAAAGAACUCAAUGAGCAAGGUGUCAAUGGAUGGCGACAGAAGUCGAUCUGGGGAGUUGCACAGCCUGAGGAUGGAAAGAAGAGCGAGCAUAGGCCUAAGGUUGACCGGAUCGGCUCUUCGCCUCCACAUGUUCAAUUCUGGGAGAAUGAGCGCGACGGCAAAGGUGGCAAAUACAUCACUGUCAAGGAUUACUUCAAGAAGGCUUACAACAUUGAAUCCACCAAACCAAGACCAGUUCUUAAUGUUGGCACCGCAGACCGACCUGUCUAUCUUCCCCAGGACGUCUGCAGAAUUCUUCCAGGACAAGUGUUCAACGGCGAGCUCAACACUUCUCAGCGACAGCUCGUUAUCAAAUUCUGCUGCCGCCGUCCUCCUGACAAUUACCUGUCCAUCAUGAAUGAAGGACUGGAAAUUAUGUCACUCAAGGGUGAAACAAGCAAGUCGUCUGGGUUCUAUAUCAAUGAGAACAUGAUUGCGGUUCCUGCUCGUAUCAUUCCACCCCCUGCUCUCAAGUAUGGGAGAACUUCUACAGUUCCAAGAGGUGGAAGCUGGAACCUCCGAGAUGUGAAGUUCACCAAGCCUGCUUCCCAGCCUCUGAAAUGGCAAGUUGUUAGUCUCAUCAACCCUGGUAAUAGACGAGGCUUCUCGGACUGGGAAGCAUCCUACAGCCGUGGGGGUAUCAAGAAUGCCAUCGAUGAGAUGGGCAAGUCUUUGCGGGAAUUGGGAAUUUCCUGGGAUGAGCCUAUGCCCCAUGAGGUUGUUGAAUACCAAUCGGGACCUGGACAGCGCAAAGUCGUUCAGGAUUGGCUCGACAAAAGCGCCAAACAGGGCAUCACGUUUGUUCUUGUUCUCAUGCUCGAGGGCGAGGAUAAAGCGUGGAAUCACAUGAAGUGGAGAGGCGACUGCCAAUACGGAGUUUUGACCCACUGCUGCAAUGCUAGCAAGUUCCUCAAGAUCGACAAGCAGUACCUGGCCAACAAUGCCAUGAAGAUUAACCUGAAGCUCGGUGGCGUCUGUCAAUCCCUUGAUUUUACCAAGAUCAACGUUCCAAUGCUCAACCAAGGAAAGACCAUGGUGGUUGGUCUUGAUGUUACACACCCUUCAGGAAUGGACCCAGAAUCAUGUCCCAGCAUCGCAUCAAUUGUCGCCAGCAUCAACAAAGACAUGGGGCAGUGGCCUGGAGAAAUCUGUGUUCAGGUACGACGCAGAGAGAUGAUCGUUCACAUCUCAAGUAUGAUCGGAGGUCGCCUCAAUCGAUGGAAACUUGAAAACAAGGAGUACCCUAAGAACAUCUUGAUCUAUCGUGACGGUGUUAGCGAGGGCCAGUACCAAAAGGUCCUUCAAGAUGAGCUAGCACCUAUCCGGACGGAAUGUGAACGACUCUACACCGAUCGGAAAACACCCCUCCCCAAAAUCACCUUGGUUGUCGUCACAAAGCGUCAUCACGUUCGUUUCUACCCUACAACAAAUGCCGACAUGGAUCGGAACAGCAAUCCACUCCCUGGCACAUGUGUUGACCGUGGGAUUACUCGUCCAGCUCUUUGGGAUUUCUACCUCCAAGCCCAGUCCGCAAUUAUGGGAUCGGCUCGUCCUGCGCACUACAUUGUUCUUGUGGAUGAGAUCUUCAAGGAGGGACAGAUCAACCCCGCCAAUGCGCUGCAAGAGGCAACAUCCGCUAUCUGCUACAUGAUGGGUCGUUGCACUCGAUCGGUUUCCUACGCCACUCCAGCUUUCCUGGCUGAUAGAUUCUGUGAUCGGGCACGAAAAUACAUGCUUGCAUACUACACUGAUUGGAAUGAGCGACAAGGAGGAGGCUUUCAUCACCCUCCUUGCCCAGAUAGGGAUCUGAUUAAGCUUAAUGCACGGGUCUCUGAAAACAUGGUCUACAUCUAG